AGUUGUCAAAUAUUGGGGGAAAAUUUAAACAGCCAUUAACGAACCAGUCCCGAAGGCGAAAGCUUCUUCUUCUCUUUUGCAGAAUUCUCCAAUUGCUACACAGACUCCACGAAAGUUCAAUUAACAGAUAAUUACUUGGAUCGGUUAUUUUACAUACGCUUUAUCGCCAUGGGUUGCUCCUCCUCUGUCCCAGACAGGGCUUCUGGGCGAUCGGGUGGGCUUAAUCCAGAGAACAAUGCAGCUGAUUCCAAGAAUUUACGCGUCAAGCUUGUCCUGCUAGGUGAUUCUGGUGUUGGUAAAAGUUGCAUUGUUCUUCGCUUUGUCCGUGGUCAGUUUGAUCCAACGUCUAAGGUAACAGUUGGAGCAUCAUUCUUGUCACAAACAAUAGCUUUACAAGAUUCCACAACAGUGAAGUUUGAAAUAUGGGAUACCGCUGGGCAAGAGAGGUAUGCUGCAUUAGCUCCACUUUACUAUCGUGGUGCUGCAGUUGCAGUUAUUGUAUAUGAUAUAACAAGCUCAGAUUCCUUUGCCAAAGCACAAUAUUGGGUUAAGGAGCUACAGAAGCAUGGUAGCCCUGAUAUCAUUUUGGCAUUGGUCGGUAACAAAGCUGAUCUUCAAGAGAAAAGGAAAGUAUCUGUUCAGGAUGGGACUGAGUAUGCAGAGAAGAAUGGAAUGUUCUUUAUUGAGACAUCUGCAAAGACUGCAGAUAAUAUAAACGAGCUGUUUGAGGAGAUUGCGAAGAGGUUGCCACGACCAACUUCCUCAUGAUCUUGUGUGACAUGAAUGAUGUUGUCAGCAGCUUAUCCUACAGGAAAUCGGCCUGUUCCCUUCUGAUCUGUGUAUAGUUUGGUGAGUCCUGCAGUCUUUUGCUUUGUUAUUUGAUUUGACUUGUUGAUAUCUUCAGUCUAAAGUGUAACUUUAAACAGAUAUGAAAAUGGUGAAAGAUUUAUUCCCCUUUAAACCAUAAGCUGUAUUUGUAAACUAUGUUUCCUGUGACUGAUAGAAACAUUACUUGGGUUUUAUUUCUUUUUCUUUUAGAUGAUAUUCAAUGGGAGUGGAGAAAUUCAAACUCUA